AGUGCACGGCGCCGGCGCCAGAUGGAUCUCAUCAUUGGAUACAUAGCCUGUGACUCGGACUGUCAGGUCAGGGAAUCAUAUCUCCUUUCGACAAUCUCGGCUAGCUCUCACGCCACCCGUGUCAUGGCCGCUUCCGUCGUACGCCUCGAAGCCCUCCAUCUCGUCGACCUCCGCCUCCUCUCUCAACCGGAGCUCUACUCCCUCGUCCUCUCCUCUUCCAAACCUUCUUUUUUACCUUCUUCAUUAGGCAACGACGACGUUUUAAUCCCCAAAAUCGACCGCUCCGUCUUCAACGAAUCUGCAGGUAGCCGCAAACAGACCUACUCCCCUCUCCGCCUCGCCCCUCACAAACCCCAAUCGCCCACCCGUUCUUCUUUCUCUUCUAUGCCCCGCCAAAUCCCCGAAGCUCUCGACGAAGAAAACUCCCAAAUCAUCUCCCUCCUUAAACAACUAUUUGCCGCCGAAACUUCCCCCUCCGCAGACGACGAUGGCCUAGUUCCAGUCCCGGUUGAAGUUGAAGAGUUCCUGCCCGAUUCCUCGAGUGCGGGCUUGCAAAUUGUUCCGGUUGAUGUUGCUUCUUCCGGUCGUGAAGAGAGGAGACACGGAAGCGGGGCCGGCCGCUGAAGAAUGAGAAUCGGAUGAUUGAGCGAAAUGUGGAGUGUAAAGCCGAGCCAAGUAUUCCAAUCAAUGUAGUUGCCGGUGAGGGAGAAAAGAAGCGAAAGUGAGGGAGACCGCGUAAGAACGAGAAUCUAUUGACCGAGAGCUGCCAAUCGGAGAGAGAGAUGGGGGCUGUCUAUGAGAGUGCGGGAAAGAAGCAGAAGGAGAUGGAGGUGGCGGUGGUGAACAAGAAAGGGGAUGUGACGGGCGUGGCUGCGUUGGGGAAUGUGGAGGAUCCAUAUGGCGAGGAGUUGAAGAGGAGGAAGGAGGGGUUGCAGACUGAGGCGGAUUUCUUGGGGUUUUUGAAUGGGUUGCGUGGCGAGUGGUGGAGAAAGAGUAGGAAAAAGAGGAUUGUGAUGGCUAGCGAUUUCGGCCAUGCGUUGCCCAAUGGGUGGAAACUUAUGCUUUCAAUAAAGAAGAGAACCGGCCGUGUAUGGUUGCACUGCCGCCGAUACAUAAGCCCUAAUGGACGGCAGUUUGUGUCGUGCAAGGAUGUUUCUUCAUACUUUUUCUCCUCUUUUGGACUCCAACAUGGAAGCCAACUAAGAUCUGGUCAUCCUGAUGUCAAUUAUCUGUUGGGCAGGAAAAUGGAUUUUGGAGAUGAUUCUGAAACCCAGUGGCCUGCUCCACAUGGAAAUGAGAGAACUUUUGUUGUUGAGAACAAUGUGAUCAAGGUAUCUUUCCCGUCAGUGGAGGUGCAAAAGCUGGAAAUAGGUUCUGAAAGUGGUUUGAAUGGUAAGGACAAAACAUCUAGUGGUGAAGAUAUUGAGGUUAAAUGUUUUACUAGCACAGUGGGAGAUAUGAAAGUUGAUGGUGGUUAUACAUGCGAGAAUAGUGAAUCGGCAUCUGGUUUUGGCAAUCAUGACGGUGGGCUCAAGGAUGUUUGUACUGAUGUCAAUACCUCUGUUAAUCAUGUAAUUAUUGUUGGUUUCGGGAAUAACCAUGCGUCACAGAUGACAAAGCUGUAAUUGGCAGUAAGCAAGAAGGGGAGUUCAGGAAUCUGUUAAGUUAUUUCAUCUUGGAAUGAGCAAUAUAUUGUUGAAAAUGAUGUGUUCAAACUGCACCAGGGAAGGACUAUUUCAGGGAAAAGUGUUUUAAAAACAAUGAAUUUGCUUAAUCUAUUAUCAAGCAAAGAUCUGGCUUUGGAAGUGAUAUGACUGAGGUUUCUACUGGUGUAGUGGAGGGGCUAAAUCCUGAUGAUUUCAGAAACUGUAAAAUUCAUGGGUUAAAUAUUUCUUUGGACGGGAACAAAACUGAAGUAGAUACUCAGUGUUACUGCUUGCAGCGGGCAGGAAAGAUGUUUCAAUCGUUGUUUACUUGUUUCAUCUACAGAAGAGGAUAGAUAUGGUUUAAAAAGUAGUACAAUGGAUGAGUUUAAACAGGUAACCGGUUCAUCUUAAAGUGGUUUACAUAGCCAGUUUGGCUACAAACAAAGCCAUGAUAAUAUGGAUAAUAAGAAUAAGGUUUCCUGUGGCUCAAUAUAUGAGGCCGAACACAAGAAAGUUAAAAGCUUUGAUUUUGGCACCCAGGCAGGAAUAGAAGCAGAUGCGAGAGGCACUAUGCAGGGACAAAGUUUUGAAGGCUUUUCUCUUGUUCUUUCUGAGAACAAACAAACACCAUCCAGUAAUACUACAGUAAUUGGUGUUCGUAGCAGCACGGUGGGGGAGCUUAGGCAUGAAAGAGGUUCUGAAACAGGGCGCCGUAUUCAUCUGCUUUUGACCAAAUUGGAAAGAAGGUGAAUAGGGUCUCUAUGAGCACAGUGGGGGAGCUACCCAGAUCAGAAGAAAGGGGAAGUCUUAUGGAUUAUGAGUUAACGAUUGAUUUCAAUCAAGUGAGGAUGUCAUGGUAGAAUUAAUGACCAACCUUCUUCACAAGGAUAAACUAUGAGCUCUAAAUUUUCCAGGUAAUGGUGGAGACUGGCUUGAAGACAACAAUGGUUUGCUGAUAACUUGUCAGUUAAUCCACGGUCGUCCCAUCCAAGAGCCUGAUUUUGCAAUUCUGGUAUGCUGCUCUCUUUUGUUUCUCGCUGUAGAUCACUUCGUUCGGAAUUCAUUGUAUGAUGAGUGGUUUUAUGGGCUGACCUGGAGAAUUUCUCGCGUAACCUGUCUUGUUCUUAUCUUGAGUUCUCCAAAUUAACUUUCAACAGUGCCAUUAUCCUUAAUAUAAUAAACUCAUCUUAGAAAACAAUUUUUUUUUUUUUAUAGGACAUCUUAUAAAACAUAAAUGACAAAAGAAUGUUGCAAAUGAAAAAUCUGGCUUCCUUGCAUGUUGCAGGAGCCUUGUA